AUGUUCUCCAAGCUCACCCUCCUGGGCCUCGUGGCCGCCAUCCCCCUCUCCCUCGCCGCCACCGUCCCGUCGAACCUCACCUACAGGGCCGCCGAGUUCCUCCCCAAGAACGCAACCGCCGAUUUCAGCGUCCAGGCCGCGCCGCAGUGGUACUCUGGCCCGUGGCAGAACUUCCCGGCCAUGAGCACCUGGGUGGGCACCUUCGACGCCCUGUUCGAGAAGAACAAGGCCUCUAUGCGGUCCACCGGCAGCACCGCCGACGAUGUUGGCAGGAUCAACGUCGCUAUUCGGGAGGCGGCUAAGAUUGGCGUCGACGAGCGUGUCAUCCUCAGCAUUAUCAUGCAGGAGAGCCACGGCUACGUCGGCGUCAGGACCACCGUGAGCCCCGACGGAAUUCCUACCGCCGGUAUCAUGCAGUGCUCCGGCUGCCCUGGCUUCCCCGGGCGCACGGGUCUCAGCCAGGACGAGAUCACCUCCAUGGUCGUCGGGGGCACCAAGCACUACAAGGCAAACCUCCAGAACUGGGGCAACAAGCUGAGCCCCGAGUCCAUCUACCCUGCCCUCCGCGAGUACAACUCUGGCAGCGUCAACCCCAACGAUCUCAGUGACGGCAGGGGAGCCACCGCCGCCUAUGUCAGCGAUGUCUCGCAGCGUCUCCAGGGCUGGGUCGACUAA